CCGGAGCGCAGUACGAGAAGAGAUUUCAAGAUGAGCUCAGCUCUUAUGCUAGCUGUCGUCCCACUGAUCCUGCAUUUGAUGGGCGUGGCUGUGGGCGCACCAGCGAGCACAUCACCUGCAAAACCGAAACUCAAUUCAGAGAUUGAGGUGACUACUAAGGAAAGCCCCACUGACUCAUCGACAAUCACAAGUGAACCCACCUCGGGCUUAUCUGCGUUCGAGAAGGAAUGCCAGUUUGCUUGGAAAAAGUUCUUGGUCGACUUUGAUGUGCACUACGAUAAUAACUCCGAACUGCAAAUGCGACGAAAAGUAUUCUGCGGGAAUUGGCAAAAAGUUAGCGAUCACAAUUUAAAAUACGAUUUGGGAGUAGUCAGCUUUAGAAAGGGUAUCAACCAGUUCAGCGAUCUAACCUUUGAAGAGUGGAAAGAGAAACAAACUCCCAGACUCAAGCCAGAAAUCACGGGAGAAUUAUCAAUGGAGGAGAGCGACAAACUGAAUGGCCAAGCUGCAUGGGAAAAGCUUUUGAUUGACUUUGGAGAGAAUGUGAAGUAUGAAAAAUGGGCGGAGCCCCUCAAGAAGGAUAUAAAACAGUUGACGGACCUUUACCUUGAGGAUCGACCUAGUCCCGCUACCGAGAUUUUUAAGAAAGAGACCACUAUGUCCACCAUGUCCAAGAUAGCUGAAGAUGAUAUCAAAUGCCAAGCAGCCUGGGAGAAGUUUUUGAUUGACUUUAAGCCGAAAUAUCAAGAUGAUAAUCAAGCCAAAAAACGUCGAAACAUUUUUUGCGACAACUGGAAUUCGAUACAAAUGCACAAUGUUCAAUACGAUUUGGGAAAUAUUUCCUUUAAGAAGGGCAUAAAUCAGUGGAGUGAUCUUACCGUAGAAGAGUGGAAAAACAAACAAAGACCUGCAUUUAAUCCAGAGUUUUCUGAGGUUGAAACCACUACAAAAAUAUCUAAGGAUGUGAAGGGGCAAUGUCAGGCUGCAUGGAAAAAGUUUCUGGUUGACUUUAAGGUAAAAUACCAAGAUGACGCAGAAACCGAAAAACGCCGGAAUAUUUUUUGUGACAACUGGAAGGCGAUUCAGGAACACAAUGUGCAGUUCGACUUGGGAGUCGAAUCUUUCAAGAAGGGCAUAAAUCAGUGGAGUGAUCUUACUGUAGAGGAGUGGAAAAACAAACAACGACCUAAUUUAGCUCCAGAACAUUGAAGAGAAGAAGCGACUACAAAAAUGAGCAAGCAGAAAAAAUUGAAAAAAAUUGUUCUAUAAAAAGUAAAUGGUUAGAAAUUGUA